AUGCUGAACCCUUCCGUUGAGUCCACUCCAAGCAGUCUAAAUCCUGCCCGACUUCCCUCGCUUCCGCCGCCCAACGCCUCGCCCAUCAUCAGGAAGCGGACUGAGCCGUCGUCCCCUACACGCGAUGCGGGCAUGGGUGUGCCGCCAGUCAGGCGUAUACUGACACCAAAGUCUCCAGCCCUCCGGGCUGUCAGCCUCGGAGCAACCGUGCUACCUUCCAUACAUGCCGUAACGGCGGCGGCACCGCAAACGUUGCCGCCUCGAUCAGACUCGCGGAUCUAUACUGCAGAGCCUGGCGUCGCUGACGUGCCUGCACUUCCUCAGAUCUCAGCACCUCCGCGAUCGCUGCCACCAAUACAAUCGCGAGACGACCUCCGAGGUCCUCACGGACAGCCGCCUCCAGCAGAGGCUUCGACGUCACAGGCUGCUUCCACACAUUUCCGCCACGACCCCGAAACGCGGACCCCGUGGACAGCUCAGAAUGCGCCUCAGUACGACAGGUCGCCACCUUCAAGAUAUGGCACAUUUGCGCCGCAAGCAGCCAGCAAUCAGCCACUCAAUCCUGCUUUUCGCAACGAGGUGCUCCAGCGAGCCGGUCCGGAGGCUUAUAGGACUGAUCAACCAUCAUAUCAGAUAGCUUUCGAUACUGAGGAGGGGCAUGUGGUCGUGCCCGUCACACUGGACUUAAAGCAAGCGUCGAAGGUCGCCGAUGAGAAACGCAAACGCAAUGCUGGUGCGUCGGCGCGAUUCCGCGCACGCAGGAAGGAGAAGGAGAAAGAAGCGUCCCAUACAAUAAGCAGUCUCAAACAGGAGAUGGACGAGCUGCGCGCCCACCGUGACUUCUACCGCCAAGAACGAGACUUCAUCCGAGACUUUGCAGCUGCGCACGUUGCAGCCCGACUGCCAGAAAGACCGCCUUCACCAAUUGCGUACUAUACCUCUGCACAAGCAGAAUCUCCACGAGACACGAGCGAACCUAGAUCCGACUCCGGACCAGCACCGCAGCGCAGACGCACAGAUGAAUAUUAUCCUUCUUCGUAUCCUCCUGCACUGCCUCCACAGGCUAGGAGCGCAGAAUUUGGUCCUACACAUACCUCGCAAGUUGCAUUACUCUGCCUCACCCUGCGGCUCAUCAGCCUUCAGGUGCUUACAGUGUUGGCGUGCCCGGGUCGACUGGACCUCCUGGACCAGCACCACUCAGUGGGCCGCGUAUUCAGCCGCCAUUCGAUCCAUUUCGGCGCGAGCCUUUGGAAAGAACCUGGGAACAAGGUCGCUGAAGAGACAGCAGAUAGUGUGCUGGCGAAUCCGCUUGUUGCGCUUGUGAAGACUGCUCGUACUUCGAGGUUGCUUCCGCACAUACCAAUACGCAACUGCGCUUGA